CUCUCAAGAAACAAAUAAUGGCUCGCCUUUCCUUCGCUACCCUCCUUCUCCUGGCCGCGCCCCUGGCCAAUGCCGCCCAGUGCACCGGCAACCAGUCCAUGUGCCCGAACGGCACCGACGGCGUCUCCCCCACCUACCUGCAGUGCGACAGCUGGAGCGGCACCUGGCAGACCCAGUCGUGCGAGGCCGGCCAGGUCUGCUACGCAAACCCGAACAAGCCCGGCACCGCCAUGUGCGGCCUGCCUGGCACCGGCGGCCAGGGCCAGUGCACUGGAAACUCUGCAAAGUGCGUUUCUCCCGGUCAGACCGGCGCCUAUCUGCAGUGCAAUGCCUGGAGCGGCCAGUACCAGUCGGCGUCGUGCCCUUCCGGACUCAAGUGCUACACGGGCGCUAACGGGUCGUCGGUGUUCUGCAACUAAGGCUAAUCGCUGGCAGACUGUUCAUCCCCAAUGCCCUCUCUUCUCUUCUUCAUUAGACUCUACCACCACCACCCUUGUUCGAGCUGGCCAGUUCCUUAUGUAACUCCUAGUUUUCUGCCUCUUUCUGCUCUUAAUGCCCUUGUCAAGGUAACUCUCGAUACUUGCUCUAGUCUAGGUGACCAUUUCAAAUAAAUCAAACAUCGAGCAUA